AAAAGGCUUCAUAAAAAUCGCCUCUAACAUGUUGAACCUCAACUCGCCGGAUGACAACAGCAACAGGAAUUCUCUCCAGGACCCGGUGCCACUGAAUGUUGGUGGAGAAAUUUAUACCACAACCCUGGACACUCUGACGCGCUGCCGGGACUCGAUGCUAGGUGCUAUGUUCACCGGACAAAUCCCAGUGCUGAGAGACAACAGAGGAAAUGUUUUCAUAGACCGUGACGGAAAAGUAUUCAGGUACAUUCUGAAUUACCUGCGCUCCAGCUCCCUGGACCUGCCGCAUGGCUUCUCAGAGCUGGAACUGCUUCGGAGAGAGGCAGACUUCUUCCAGAUACGGCCCCUGCUGGAGGAGAUUCGGCACUAUGAGGCAUCUGUGCCUCUCAGCCUUAGAGGAGGGCCACUAGGAGCCAUGAUUAUGGUGAAUGUUGACUCCAAGGUCCGCGUUCUCCACUUUAACUUGCGCCAUGGGCCAGAAAACUAUGAGCUUCGCACAUGCUCUGUGCGAGCCUUCACAGUUGACCUCUUUUGUACCUGGAGAGCCUUCCUGGCUCUGCUUUGUGAGCGCUUCUCCUACAGGACAUCCCAGGGACUCACCAGCCCCCAUCCAUGCAACCCGAGGCAGAACCGGCUAAAACUGGAGUGGGUGCCGAGGCCUGAUGAACUCCCGCAGGACCAGUACGACAAGCAGCGCUACCGGGGGCUAAUUGUCUCUAACCCAGAAGUCCCGCAGUCGGACGACAUCAUGAACGUGCACUGGAGCACCUGUGAAAUCACCGACAUGCAGGGGUUUGUGGAGGAGCUGCUGAAGUUGUCUCUGGCUGAGGGAUUCAAGGUUGAUCUGGUGACUCCAGACCCAGCGGAAAUUCUCAACUGCACCUCACUUCGACUUGUCAAGUGCUGAGCUUUGGGCGAAGAACAUAAACUAAAAAGCUGUAGAAUAAGCCAAGUCAAUGAACUGUGGAUGGUUCUACUCACAACUGAGCCAAUUAUCUUUAGGACUUCGAUUAUUUAAUCAAAUCUUAGGGUUAGUGUAAUUUUGUAAUUACAGAUUAUGAGGUUAUUGAAAAGAUUUCUGGUCUUUGGCCUCUAUGGGGUGAAUCACACAGAGAUGCAUUGCUAGAGGAGAGGGCACUUCAAAAAGGCCUUGGCAAAAAGCGUGGGGGGGAAAAAAAACAGCGAAUGCGCCUGUGGAGCGAGGCAGUAUGUGCAACCGGGCUAUCAUUUAAAAGAGGUGGAUAACAGAGUUUACUUGGGUUUAACCCCCACUAUACCCCUCAGUCCAUCAAUGAGCUCGCUAACUAGCUAGCUAGCCUAUUUACCAGUGUAUUAAACGGCAACGAAAUCUUGCUUGAUUUGAUUGGCUGUCUGGGCGACAUUGACGAGUGGUGGACUCUGCCCUGCGAUGAAAAGCACGGUGUAAUACAUCGCCAGGCGUGCCAUACUAUAGGAAAACAAUGGUUUUGCAAGCAACGCAUUUCUAGUUAUGCCUCUCUGUGUGAUCGGCUCUUAAGUCUGUUCUUAUGUACGAUGGAGUGUUAGGGCCAGGUAUAAGGGGAAAAAAUAGUUGGAUUUUUUUUUUCUUCUGUUUUUCAUUAUGAGAAUUAAGUUGAAAUGUUGAGAAUAGAGUCAAACUUAAUGUGUUAGUGCCAGGUAUAAGACGAACAUUAAGGAUUUUUUAUUUCAUUUUGUAUUUUCAGAAUAAAGUCAAACUGUUGAGAAUAAACUUGACAUUUCAAGAUAAAAGUCGAACUUUUGAGAAUGAAUCAGAUUACUAGCACUGCUGUGUCUUUGAAAUGUCUGGAUGAAUUAGUGAAAUUAUACUUCAUUAGUUUCAGUUUCAAGGACAUUAUUUCUCUUUUAGCACAUAAACAGUAUGGUGAUAAGUAUUAGGACUUUGUGCCUAAAAUUGCGUCUGUUCAGAAGGAGAAACCAUACAAAACUAAAAAGGCAUCAGUUGCUCUCCUAACUUCGUUUCAGUAGUAGUUUACAUUAUUCUAGAAAUUUCCACACAUUAUUCUAGAAAUUUCCACUUUAUUCUCGAAAUGAGACAAAAAAAAGACUCAAAAUUCUACUUUAUAAAUACAAAUUCCCCCUCAUUUUCUCCUUGUGCCUGACCCUAAUACUCUUUCCUACUCAUGUCAUAGUUUACAAAAUAGUAAAAAAUAAACUCCGCUACAUUAAAGUUUUUAACAAAUGCUGACAUUUCAUAUUGUGAACAUUUGCGUGUAACAUUUGGAUGUAACUUAGCCCUUUUCAUAUAGAAUCUAAAACAUUACUGGCUUCAUCUAUCCAUUAAAGUGACGGCAUUUGGGCUUUCAAACAUAGGUGUCUGCAGUGGAAAUGUUCUAUGUUGACUCUGUGUUACAAAUAGAGCUCUACUGCAGUGACAGCUCUACUGGAGAACAGCAGUGAUUUGGAAAUAAUUUCAUCAAGGAACAAGAAUGUUCUCAGGUCUCACACAGGCUGCAUGAGUGACUGAUUCUGAAACUUACUUUGCAGUUUAAUGAAUGUUUAUCAGCAAAGCUUAACUGCAGCCAGUGGCAGCUCUGGGGCAGGACUUGCUCCUGCUUCCUGAAUAACCCUGUAGAUCCCCAAUAAAAUCUCUCAUUGCCACUUAUUACAUUAUGGUCUAUGUAGAAUUAUUUUUUUUUUUACGUUAUUUUUUUGGCCUUUUGUUGUCUUUAUUUUUAUAGAGACAGCUGUAGAGAGACAGGAAAGGUGGGUGGAGAAAGGGGGGAUGACAUGCAGCAAAGGGCCACAGGUCGGAUUCGAACCCGGGCUGCUGCAACAACUCCGUAUAUGGGUCGCCAGCUCUACCGACUUAGCUAACUGGGCGCCCCCUAUGUAGAUUUCUGAUUCCUUUGUCCAUGUCUGACAGCACUGAAGCACAGUUAAAAAAACUCAACAUUUUGGGAAAUUUGUGUCUUCCCUUAUUUAUACAAAAAAGUGAAGGUUUGAUGAGACUCUGUGAGACACAACCCUCAUGGCUGUACAUUAAAGGUGCCCAGUGGACUGUAACAAAACUACAUUGCUCGACACGUUACUGUUGCCGGCUUCUGGUCCUUGUGUGUUUGCACAACAUGGAAACAGACUUAAAGUUCCAAUUAAACGACUAGCAGUGCUUAUUGUUUUUGCACAUUUUUGCAGAUAUUAACUGUUUUUUCCUAGAGUGUGUGUUACACCCCCACUACGGGACCGAACACAGCAUCCAAGACUGACUGAGGCCAGUUUGACAACAGGGAAUACAGUAUUGAGAUGGUUUUCUUAUUCCUCUGGAUUUGGCUCUAGAUUAAACCUGUCGUGACGUCACCCAUUGGUUUGUGGAGUACCAUUUUGAAGCCUCUAGUAUGGCAUUAUGGUCCUCACAUGACAGUUUGUUGGAGCCAGCAGAGGUGAUGUACUGGGACUUGAGUUCAGGAGUUUGAUCCUGGUCCAGCCGUGUUCACUGGGAGGCUGCUGAGCCUGGUUGUGUUUUUGUACAAUAAGGCCCAGUGUAUAAUCACCUGCAUAUAGAAAUCUUUUUUUUAGAGUCCAUCAUGUUGAACCACCAUGUUUCUUCUAGCCCGUAACAGACAAACCAAACACUGGCUCUAGAUAGGGCCUUUCACAUUUUUCACAAGUUUGGCAGCCACCAUAGUUUCUCCUACACACUUUACAGCCCAUUCUCAUGCCCAAGUCGUCAAAUACAGACACAAGCAGUGUUCAGUUAGUUGCAAUCUGCGAUUUCACCGCCACUAAAUCCUGUACACUGGUACAGACAGACCACCUAGAGCCGGGGUCUGUCCUAGGUUUCUGCCUUUUUACAGGCAGUUUUUCCUUGCUGCCGCCGUCUCCAAGGUCUUCCUCAUGGUGGUACUGUUGGGUCUCUGUAAUUAAUGUUUUAAAGAGUUCGGUCUAGACCUGCUCUAUUUGAAAAGUGUCCUGAGAUAACUUCUGUUAUGAAUUGGCGCUAUACAAAUAAAACUGAAUUGAAUUGAAA